AUGUCGUCGGAUAUUCCCGAGUUCAAGAUUGUGCUCAUAGGUGAUGGCGCAGUGGGCAAGACGACGUUGGUUAAGCGUCACCUGACUGGUGAGUUUGAGAAGAAGUACGUACCCACGUUGGGGGCUGAAGUGUACCCCCUGAAGUUUGACACGAAUUUCGGUCCGAUAAUCUUUAACGUCUGGGAUACUGCCGGUCAGGAGAAGUUAUCUGGACUACGGGAUGGUUAUUACGUGCAUGCGAAUGGUGCAAUUAUUAUGUUUGAUGUUGCUGCACGAAUAACAUACAAGAAUGUGACUUCAUGGCAUAGGGACCUCGAACGUGUGUGCCCGAAUAUCCCUGUCGUUCUAGUCGGCAAUAAGGUCGAUGUCCAAGAACGUAUCGUAAAGGCCAAGCACAUUAAUUUCCACAGAAGAAAAAACAUUCAGUACUACGAUCUUUCCGCUAAGAGUAAUUACAACUUCGAGAAACCAUUCCUCUGGCUCGCCCGACGUCUUACGCAGAACAAUGAUAUUCAGUUCCUUGGCGAGGUCGCACGUAAACCAGAAAUCGUUAUGACCGAGGAACAGAAGAACCAGUCCGAAAGAGAACUCCAAGAAGCUGCUAACACAGCUAUAGAUGACGAAGAGGGUAACCUUUGA